AUGGUCAGGUUGAGGAACAACUACAGCCUACCAUGUCUCCAAGGCUGUCCUAAUCCGCUGAUAGUUUCUGCUGGUGUGGGCAGGCCUCAGGUGGUUGUUGGCACCGGUGGACAGUAUUAUAUCUUGUCCUCACGACUGUCCUGCAAGGCCUGUCGGAGAAACUGGUUUGCUGACAGUCCACGAUGGCUGGAGAAGCUGCCCAAAGGGUUUACAAACAUUCUGCCUGCAUUCCUUACUUGUAAGAAGGCCAUCUGCAAGUCUGUGAUGGACGAGCUGAGGCAGACGGGAAAGUCACCAACGGAUAUGGCAAACCAGGUGAAUGAGCUCAUGCACCUGAAGUAUAAGCGAGCUCACCUGGCAUACCUGCAUGCCAUAGAGAGCGUCAGGGAUGCUGAGGACAGUGUGUAUGGGCAGAGGACUAUUUGGCAGUUCCUGAGGAAGGAAAAUACGCCACAUCCAUUUGGGCCAUAUGAAAAUCCAGAUGGCUGGGGUGGAGUUUCAGUGUCUGGUUUCUACCUGACUGACUGCCUGCUAGAGGAGUUGACGUCAAGAGCCAGCCAUAUCCAAACUGCUCCAGGGUACAGUGAUGCUGGAGUGGAAAAGGCAGGCUACCACUGGAUGGACAGACGUGGUGCAUUCAGAGAGUGCACAUUCUCUGCAGUUGCCUCAGUGAUCCCAAAUUCUCAGUUGAACUAUGCACCUGAUGAAGACGCCAAAGUCCCCAUUUGGAUCCCUGUCAGGGGUACCUCACAACAGGAGGGGUACCACUUCUACCAGGCCCAGUGGAUCACCGGUACUCAUGUCUCCAUUGAAUUGUUCCAGGCCCAGGGCAUGACAGGAGUGGCACGGUGGAACUACCAACGGCUGGUGGACCUUAAGCAACCAGGUGUCAUCCUCCCUGCUGUCUUCGAUCCAGUUUUAAUGACUGAGUUGAACUCAGCCUCCCAGAGAGUCACCGGGAAGGAGAAGUAUCCCGCACUUCACCUCUCUGAUAAAGACACUGGAGAGAAGUUUGGCUGCCACCCAGUCCCUCUGGAUUGGGACAAACACAGAACCCAAAAGAGAGAUGAACCAGCUGCUUCCAUGCCUCCAUCCCCUAUGCAGACACCUGCUCCUGCCCAAGCUCCAAACCCGGCAUCCUCGGCAUCCCCUGGACCAACACCAUCUAUCAGCCAUCUACUUUCUGCUGGUGUGCUGCUGAAGCAGGAGAUGCUGUCUGAAGAUACCCAGGAACCUCCGGCAGCAAUGGAAACCUCACAUGCCUUGCCCCUGCCACUCAGAUCCUCACCAAGGAGGUUUUGCAUUGGACCACACAAGCUGGACACCACCCAUGAAAGAAGCUAUUGAGUGCUUGCUGCAGAACUACCAUGGGCAGAAGGACAUCCUGAAGCCGCAGAUCCCAACAGCUUGCUGCACCCCACAACCAGACUACAUAUAUCCCACUAUGUGAAGUAUCUGGCAAAACUUCUUAAUACUAGUUCUUCUUUGAACACAAGCCAGGAAAAACUUUUGGAGACCUAGCAGCUAUGGCACUCUUUAACAGAAGGGAGCAGGACAGCUAGUGUUCCUAUGGUCACCAUGGAGCGGGCUAUUGUCAACCCACCUGUACCUGCCCUGUCCACACCUCUGACACAAGACUCUAUCGAGAAAAUUGUGGAGGGCAUCUUCAACAAGCAGCAGCAGCUUCAGCAGCACCAGUCAGAACAGAAGAGAAGGCAGACAAAGACCUGUCUUGCCUGUGGACAGCCCAAGUCUGGAUAUGAGACUGAUGGAUCCUCCAUCCACUUUUUCUAUCAACAAGGGCCAGUGUAGUAUUUUUUUUUCUCAUUACAAAAAAGAUCACAAAAUACAAAUACAGAAGAGAGGAGAGAAUAAAAAGAAAGAAAAAAGGAAAAACCAAACCUCAACCUUUGAACAGUCUGGAUUGAUAGCUACUACAUAUUUAUCCUGUGAUAUAUCAGUAUUUCUUCAUCUUCAUCUUGUCGCCGAGAACAUAAACACAGUAAAUUUUUUCAGACCUUGAAUUCUUAUUUUCUGAGUUAAUUGCUCCAUGGUAUAUAUUCCAUCCACUAUUUCAAACCAUUCAUCUUGCGUUGGUGGGUCUGGCUUAUACCAUCUCUUUGUAAUAGCCUUUUUUACUGGCUCCUAAUAGUAUUUUUAACAAAUAUCUAUCAUCUCCUGACAUACCGCCAAAAUACAUCACGAUCUAGGUAUAUCAUAUCCCAAUACUUUAACAAUAGUCGAGUGGACAUUCUCCCAGAACUGUACAAUAGCAGGACAGAGCCAAAAAACAUGAGAAUGGUUUACAUUUAUUACUCCACAUUGUCUCCCAUGGUUGUGCUACCUGUAGAAUUUUACUCCUAAGUUUGGGGGUGAUAAAAAAAAAAAUGGGUCCGUAUGGCUUGCGCUUCUCCAUAAUGUCAGCAGCAUAAUCGUUAGCAAAGUAAAGCCACUUGCCCUCAAUUUCAAUCUUCCGCUGCCGGGAUUUCCUUAGGACCAACUCUUUACCGUGGAACUGUAAGAAGUGUUUGCGCUUCAAUAAUACCAGUCUUGACUCUGCAGUUCCCGUAAAACUUCGUCUCUAAACUGAACGAGAUCGUCCUUCAUUGUUUUCCUGACAUAGUUUUUAAAUUCGCUCAGGUCCCUUCUCAAAUCUUGUUUAAAGUCUUUCAGCUCAUUAUAAAGUAGCGUUAGAGUAAUGCGUUAUUAUUAACGCUGGCUUCUGCGCCAUCUUUAUUUGACGCUGUUUCCUCACCAUUCCCGUGUUCAGCAUUAGCCAUGUCCGAGUUUUCUUGAGUUUUAUUCAUAGUUUAAUCGUUCUUGUAACUCCUUUAUGCUUUCCCCCUUUCGUUCCCGAGUUUAGAUGAUUUCAAAACGAUUUAUAUUUAUAGAGGGUACUUUACCAAAACCGACUCUGAGGAGCUCGCCUCUACACGUCCAUCUUGCUGCAGCACCACCCGGAAGUCCCCGUGCGCUACUAAUACUGCUCAAAGAAGGUGUAUCAAAGUAGUGCUACUGAGGGGCUCUCUAACCCCAAAAUGGCCUUUGAGAAAUUUGCAACGACAGAAUUUUUCCAGAGGGAGCUGGAGGCUAACAAGAAACAGGUGGAGAAAAUGGACAAAAAGAGGAAAAGGCCAGACUCACGAGAAGCAGGCCGCAUUUGCAGAUUAUGCCGCAUGAACCUGAAACAGGGCCCAAACAGCUCUUUAUACCGAGAUAAGGGCAUGGCCGAGGAGAUGACUGGAGGGAGUCUCCGGUGUCUCUGUUCUAUGAGGCAGAGAGACAAAGAUGGGUAAACUUAAUCAUUUUAAUGUUAUAUCUGAAUGCUGGCCUUAAAUGUUCCAUGUUAUUUCGAUAAGGGCUCUCUUUAUGAGUAUAGUCCAUGUUUUUACGUUUGUGUAAAACAAACAAAUCCAUAAAAAUGCUAUAUAUUUGUAUAGAGGUACUUUCAUCUUCAAGAUCUUCCUGUUUGAUAUAUUUUGCUUGUUAUACAUGUGACUGUUUGUUUUAUGUUAUAUUGGUGUGAUUAAGACUAUGUUACACUGACCUUGACAUUGACUUUGACAAAUAAGGGAACACCUGAAAAUUCAGUACACUUCUAGUGAGUUGCUGGCAAUAUUGUUUAGUAAUUUAAUAUGUACAAAGUAGCAGCAUUCAUCCAACAGGUUUGGUAUAAACUACAAAAUCUAAUUUUAAAUUUA